GAGAAUGAGCACGAAGCGCGCGUCCUUUGCGCUCGCUGCUACUCCCUGUCGCACUACGGGCAGGUGAAGAGUGCGAGGGCGGAGGCGGACCUGCCGCAGUUUGAUCUGGGCCAGAAAGUGGGGCGCAAGAUCGGGCUGACGCGCCACCGGCGAGCGGUUGUGCUGUGCGUCGUCGACGCCGCAGACUUUGACGGCUCCUUGCCGCGCACCGCCCUCCAGGCGCUCUUCUCGAAUAUUGAAGGCUACCAGGUGAUUCUAGGGAAGGGCGAUGUGAGAUUUGUGCUGGCGGUCAACAAGGCCGACCUGCUGCCGGCGCAGGCCACAGCCGAACGGCUUGAGAAGUGGAUACGGAUGCGCGCGAAACAGGGGGGCAUGCCCAAGCCGACCUCUGUCGAGCUGGUGAGUGCUCUGAAAGGCUGGGGAGUGGAGCAGCUGCUGGUGCGCCUGCACAGAGAAGUGGGCACCACCGGCGAUGUCUGGGUGGUGGGCGCUCAGAAUGCCGGCAAGAGCUCGCUCAUCAAUGCCAUGAAGCGCGCAGUGCGGCACGGCAAACCCAGGAACGAGCUCACCACAGCCGCCCUGCCCGGCACAACUCUAGGCAUGCUGAAGGUGCCAGGCCUGAUGCCGCCAAGGUGCAAUAUGUUUGAUACACCGGGCGUGCCCCACGAUUUCCAGCUCUCAUCCCGCCUCAGCGCCGAUGAGGUGAAGCUGCUGCUGCCGAAGCGGCGGUUGAAGCCGCGCACCUUCCGGGCGGCUGCCGGGCAGACGGUCUUUGUGGGUGGCGUGGCUCGUAUCGACGUGCUGACCAGCCCGGGGGCCACGCUCUACCUGACCGUCUGGGCCUCCGACGACCUGACCUGCCACUUUGGCAAGACCGAGGGCGCCGAGGAACGGUACGAGAAGAGUCUGGGCACAAUGUUGGUCCCCCCCCUGGAGCAGGAGCACAAGCUGGGGCCACUGGUUCCCUGCCAGGUCACUGCGCAGGGGACCAACUGGAGGCAGAGCAGCACAGACAUCGCUGUGGCAGGCCUGGGGUGGUUCGCAGUGGGCGUCAGCGGAGAGGCGGAGUUCAACGUGUGGACGCAUGAAGGUGUCGCCAUCACCACUCGCGCUGCAGUGCUGCCGGACUAUGCGAGGGAUCUGGAGCGGCCGGGCUUU